AUGAGCAGUCAGAAGCGCAUCGCGAAGGAGUUUGCUGAACUCUCCGCGUCACCCCCGGAUGGAAUUUCUGUCGAGCUGGCCGACGAGGCCAACAUUUAUGAAUGGAAGGUCUGCAUCGACGGGCCAGAAGGUUCUCCAUACCAGAACGGAAAAUUUCUGGUGAAACUCAACAUGCCCACCGAGUACCCAUUCAAACCCCCCACCAUCUCCUUCAAAACAAAGAUCUACCACCCAAACGUGACAAAUGAUGACAAAGGAAGCAUGUGUCUGGGAAUGCUGCGCGCCGACGAAUGGAAGCCUAGCUCCAAGAUUACUGCCGUCCUGCAAUUCGCACGCCAGCUGCUGGAAGAGCCCAUGCCUGAUGAUGCUGUAGAAGGCCGAAUCGCUGAGCAAUACAACAAUGACCGAAAGCGCUACGAGGAGGUUGCACGCGAGUGGACACGACGGUUUGCGAUGGCCGAUCAUUUCCACAACACCGCUCGAGUCAAGGAGGUCCAGUUCAACUAA